AUGCCUGUUAACUCCUUGGAAGCCAACUCGGGAGCGGCAUUUGUGCGGAGAUUGGGACUCAAGAUCGACCCAGCUAAUGCCCCGAGGCUAGACCUGUUUGCCUGGAACGUGGGCGCUCGCCAUCCGACCCCUUCUUCGAUGCCCAUGUCGUCCAUGCCCAAAGCAGUAAUCGUUGUAGACAUCAUUUCCCUGGAAGAAAUGAAGCUGCUAGCCGCCACGUUUUUCGAAAAGGUAGAUCCGUGCUACGGCUUCAUCGAUCGUGACCAUCUAUUCCGCCAACUCGGCAGACGAUGGCUCCCUCCAUCAUCUGAGUCUGCGUUGCCCUACGGACCGUACGAUGCCGUGCUCUGCGGCGUUGCAGCAUUCGGGUAUCUUUUCUCUCGCAGACAGGCACCCCAAACAGAACUUCAGCUGGCUGAGGCAGCUCGCCUAAUCCUUGACCAACACAUGCUCUCUGAAACACCUUCAUCGGUCGACAUUGUCACUGGCUGGGUGCUUCGAGUGGCAUACCUACGCACGACAGCUGCUCCCGAUGCCGCUUGGAUGGCUAGUUGUUCGCUGAUGCAUCUCAUUGAAGCCACAGGUCUUCAUCUGGAGCCCUCGUCAGACACAGUCCUCGGCCAAUCGGCAGAGCCGUGCGACCCAGAAAUCCGGCGGAGGCUAUUCGCCAUGGCGCGCCAUCUAAACGUCUGGAUCUCCUUCGAGCUAGGACGUUCCCGCGUUGUCCUAUACGGAGCAACAUCUCUCCCACCCGCCCCAAGAUCAACUGGAGAGAUCUUCAACCUUCUCCCAGUAUCAGAAAGUCUGGACCCAAACAAAGCGCAGGAUUCCCUGGACCUAGAGUCGGCACUGGCGAAUGUUCUAGAGGUUGUUCAUCCACUUGCCUCGCAUACCUUGGCCCAAUGUAAUCUGAUGCUCUGCAUCUACCGGCGCUUGCGUGGUCUCGACUCUGUUAUAUCUGGUGCUCUCCUUGACCAGGUACUUGAGUUAGCAAAAAAGGGCCUGAAGGCUUCUCGCGACAUGAUCGCAUUGAUCAGUCCGUGGCAUCAGACUGCCAACGUACCCUUCCAGAUCGUUUGCACAUUACUAGCGAUCGACAGUCGCGCUUCAUUAGCAUUGCUUGGCGAUGCGAUGCAGACACUGCGCGAGGUCGCCUUAGCGUAUGAUACAGACGUCAUGAGGGAGGCCUACAGUACGGCAUACCUGCUGAUUCUGCUGCACCAACGGCGGAAGGAAGAGGAUACAAGAACUCUUCGGGGUGUUUUGCGUGCCAACUCCGCUGCCUCGGCACCACAGGCAGAGAUCACGGCACCCGCAAUUGAGUCGACUCAUUCACUCGCGGACUACCCGGGGUUCUCGUGGUUGAGUGACCUAGUGAUUGAUAUGCCGGGUCUGCAGAACUUUGAUCUCGAAAGUUUCCUAGCAACCGACAAUUCAUGGCCGCUGCCGGAGCCAGGGAUGUGA